AGCACGCCACAGUGCUUGGUGCACGCAUCAGGACAGGACAGAACCGAGUAGUGCUGUGAGGAGCCCCCCCACAGCGUGCUCAUUUGUGUCUGACCCAGCAAUUUUCCAAGGCGUUAUUCCUGCAGCUGACCUCGCGGCCAGACUGUGGGACUUGGUGAUCAGAAUCAUUUACGAGGAGUCUCCUGUCAUUGUGGCAGGAGCCCUCCAGACCACAGUGCAGGACUUGCUGUCCUGCAGCCUUCCUGAGGCUCCUCUGUCUCAGGUGCCUUCAAGGCUCAACUGCAAUUGUUGACUUGGAUAUAUCCUGAGACAUCUCUCUAGAAGUUGCCUUCAAGGUUAGCUGGUGGAAUGGCGGGCAGAUUUCUCAGCCUGUGCAAAGUGUUCAGGAGGGGAAAAAAGAAAGGCCCUGGAGCUGCCCCAGCACAACAGCCUGAAGAGCCAGAGCAGAUCCAGACACUGCAGGAUGAUGCAGCCCUGGGCCGGACACAGGAGCGGGAACCCGCCUGUGGCCGCUUCCACAGAACCCUGAAGAUGUUCCGGAGGUUCCUGCACAUUCGGCGUAGAAAGACCUCAGUGAAUGAGGAUGUGGCCAUCACAACCGCCAAAACCAGAGAGACUCAGGGCCUCACAAAUACUGGUACCACGCCUGCUCCAACUAUGAUUCCUUCUCCCACUAUGGAUUUUUUCAAAGAGAGUGCUGUUCCUCCUCAGCAGCGGGUGCCAGCCAAGGUGAAGGACAUCCACCAGAGUCUCCUGUCCCACGUCUCUGCGGAUGCCAGGCUGCAAAGGGACAUUGUGAGGCUGGCUGAAGAACACCCUGCUGACGUGGUGCUGACCCUCCUGCACUGUGCCCCAACAUGUGACAGAGCAGCUGCAAUGAUGUGGAGAGCCAUAGCCUCAUCGGGACCAGCAGUGGAGAAAGUGCUGCCAACACUGCUCUGUGUGAUGGAGGACUGGCCACAGCACAGAAUGUGCACCUCCGAUGGGGACAACGAGGAUGUUUUUGCCCUGGCUGCAGCUCUGGUGAUCUGGGUGAUUGUGCCCGAGUACAACAAGGCGAUGAUCCCUUUUACUGGGCGAUUGUUUGUGGCUCUGCUCUUCCAUGUUGCCAUCACCACACAGCAGAUGCCACCAGAGGAAGUUGCUAACUUCUGGAGAGCAUGCCGGGAGGAACAACACCUUCCCAGCGAGCCCAACAGGUUUGCAGUGCAGGCCAUGAAGGCUCUGCUCUACCGACUGCCGUGUGACAAGGUGGUGAUGGCUAUGGAGCGCAAGCAUGGCUGGGACACGCUGCUGUGUGCUCACACCCAGCACUAUGCCGUGGGUCUGCUGGCCAGGGAGAUGCGCCGUGUCUCAAUCCUUUUCUGUUCUUGCAUCGCACCCCACGUGCUCUGGCACCUCAGCAGGGAGGAGCCGUGCUGGGAUCUGCCUGCCCUGGCAUUCCUUGUGGAGGUCCUGGAUUGCCUGGACUUGAGUAAAUGUGGUGGCAGCGUCCUGAACAUCAUGUCAAGGCACCUCCAGAGUGAAUGCAGUCAGAGGCGUCGCCUGGCACUCAGAGGCCUCGUGCUGCUCAGCAAGGAUCCCUCGAUGGCCGGAAGGAUGUGCAGUCUGUCUUGCAGCCUUCUGGAGCUGCUGAGGGAUGCAGAUGGAGAGGUGGUCAGCAUGAGGCUCCGUGUGCUCACGAAUGUGCUCCCGCACCACAGCAUCCUGCUAUCCAGCAACAGUGCCCCAAAGCUGGCUGAGGUGCUCCUGCUGCUCUUUGACCACGACAACAGCCACGUGCAGUUGCUCUGCAUUCAGCUCUUCUGUAAGCUGAUGGAAUUGGUAGCGGAUGAGGGGAAAAAGCCCCUGAAGACAAUUGUCAUCAAGAGCCUGUACGCACUUUUAAUCUACUGCCAUGAUGACAACUGGCACGUGGCAAAGGCCUCUCGGGAAACGCUGCAUUGUGCAGCCAAGUUCCUGACGAGGAGAGAUCUCGAACAGCUGGUGGAGAAGGAGCAGCUGUCAAAGUUUGUCAAGUGCCUGCUGGCAGGGGACAGGAGCCGAGCGGCUGAGCAUCUGUGCCCUAACACUGAAAUUCACGCCAAGUUAGCCCUAAGAGCUGAAGAAGUGGGGUCAUCCUCUGGAUCCAGGCAAUCAGUGUCCCAAGAACAGCACCAGGAGACACUGAAGAGGACAUCAUCUCUUAGUGCUGCUGGUGCUCCAGGCAGAGCUGAUGCUGGCCACAAUUUUUGUGGCUUCAGCCCUCUCCCUGCCUCUACAUAGCUCCCUCCCUCUAGAUAGCUCCCUCCCUCCAGCCCUCAGACACUGUCCGUCACCUUUUUUUCCCUCCACUCUUCCUGCCUUUUGACCGCUCCAUUUCUCUAGCCCUCAGACCCUGCCCAUUCCCGUUUUUUACCUCCCAGCUCAUCCCUUUGUUUCAUCUUCCAUUAAUAAAGAGUUUGGCUUUUU